AUGCUAAGGAACAGCAGCACAGUGACGGAAUUUAUCCUCAUGGGCUUUCAGCAGAGCUCCACUUCCACACGUGCAUUGCUCUUUGCCAUCUUCUUGGCCCUCUACAGUCUCGCCAUGGCCAUGAAUAGUUUCAUCAUCUUCAUCACCUGGACAGAUCCCAAGCUCAACAGCCCCAUGUACUUCUUGGGCCACCUGUCUCUCCUGGAUAUCUGCUUCCUCACCACUACCAUCCCACAGAUGUUGAUCUACCUCGUGGUAAGGAACCAUACUGUCUCCUUUGUAUCUUGCAUGACCCAGAUGUACUUUGUCUUCUGCGUUGGUGUAGCUGAGUGCAUCCUCUUGGCUUUUACGGCCUAUGACCAUUACGUCACUAUCUGCUACCCACUUAGCUACGUCCAGAUCAUAAGCCAGAAGGUCUGUGUCAGGCGUGGAACUGCCUGGUUCCUUGGGCUGAUCAAUGGCAUCUUUCUUGAUCAUAUAUCAUUCCGACAGCCCUUCUGCAGAGACAACCACAUAAAAAACUUCUUUUGUGAGGCCCCCAUAGUGAUCAGCCUCUCUUGUGGGGACUCUCAGUUUAGUCUCGUGGUGCUGCUCAGCCCCAUGGUCCUCACUGUCACUUCCUAUGUGUGCAUCCUGGCCACCAUCCUCAGCACAGCCUCCUCCUCAGGUUGGGGGAAGACUUUCUCUACUUGUGACUCUCACCUGACUGUGGUCAUCUUUCUCUACACCUCAACUAUGUUCUCUUACAUGAACCCCCACAGCACACAUAGGCCUGACAAAGACAAGCCUUUCUCCCUCCUGUACACCAUCAUCACCCUCAUGUGCAAUCCCAUCAUGUACAGUUUCCACAACAAGGAGAUGAAGGAGGCCAUGGUGAGGGCACUUGGGAGAACCAGGCUGGCCCAGGCACAGUCUGUCUAGCAGGAAGGCCCUGAAAGGACAGCUCCUUUACCUGGGGUGUGGGAAAGUUACCCCUUCCCCAGCCCUGGCAGAUGAAUAACUCUCAAUGCUGAAAAGCUCCAGGAAAGAGCAUUCACAGCUUCCUUGGCACUAGAAUCAGAAUAGAAAUUUCCUCCUGAUGUCUAAUAUCCUGAUGUCAUCUCUCUGACUUCACUUCCAGCAUUGUUUUUUCUUGGACCUUCCUCAGGAGAAUUUCAGAUUUUCCUUAGUUUCUUUUCCUAAGUUCUCACAACAGGAUACAAUAAAUAAGU